AUGCUGGAUCGCGACGACGACGACGACGACGACGAGGACCAAGACGGCAGCAGCAGCAGCGAGGAGGGCGCGAUGGAAGUCCCUUGGGCUUUGCUGCCUCCGCCGCUGCCACUUUCCGCUGCCGAGCCAGCCAGCCACACGGACGGCGGUGCUGCGCCUGCCGCGUCAAUGUCGUCGCUGGCAGCACCAUCCCACCGAGCUCUGCCGCACGACUCGCGCGCCCAGCUGGCAGACACCGGCCGCGGGAAUGAGAUCUCGUCCUUUGCGUCCGACUCUGACUCUGGCGCUGCAACCGCGAAUGGAGCCACUCCUGACGAUGACGACGAUGGCGAUGCCAAUGUCAAUGUCGAUGAUGGCGAUUCAAACCAGCACAGAGCCCCUGCUGCUGCUGCUGUCCGUGCUGCGGUGGCUCAGCCCGCUCGAGUGCUUGAGCCGUCGCGCAUUGCCGCUAAUGCUGACUCGGGCAAUGCGAAUCGCUCGCCAGUGUCGCCGGUAUCGCCGGUAUCGCCGGCUGCCACCGCCACGGCCGCCCUGGAGGCGCUGCGAGACUCGUUCAACGAAUCACAGCUGCUUGGUAGCGGAGGCAGUGGCCAAAAGGCAUCGCGGAAGGCGCUGGUCGGCGACGAGUUUUGGAAUGCGAUUGCUGCCGAGUCGGAGAUGAAGAAUCACAAAAAGAAGGACACUGGCGACGACGAGGAUGAAGACGACUCGCAAGAUGAAGAAGGAGACGACGACGACGAUGAUGACGAUGACGAUGAUGAAGACGACGAUGGCGAUUCAUCGAGCGACGACGAGGAGAACAAUCCCGGCUCGCGCACAAUGAUGGAAAUCGACGACGACGACGAUGGCAUCGAGUUUGACGCCGAGACGGACGGCUGGAGCACGGACGCGGGCGGCGCCGAGCUGCGCGACUUUAUCAACUCACUCACGCUCAACAUUCCGCCAUCGGUGCAACCAGUGCGCUCCAUUCCAGUCACAGCGUCGGCCGUGCCGCUGUCGAAAAUGUCCACAGAGCAACUGAAUCGCGAGCUCUUCCGCAUCAGUCUACGAAGCGGCGACGCUACUGCUGGUUCUGGCAAGUCCAUCCUUGCUGCUAUUAGCCAUGGCGCUUCGGUCUUCUAUCGUGACCAGCGAGGUCGCACCGCAUUGUUUGCCGCUGCGUAUUCGGGAAAUGCCGAAGGGAAAUGCCGAAGCGGCAUCACAGCUGCUGCGCGAGGCAAAUUGAAUGUCGUCGAGGUUUUGCUUGCGCGCUCAGCGGACGCCAAUGCGAGAGAUAAAGUUUACCGCACCCCGUUGCACUACGCUUGUCAGUACGGUUUUCUCGACAUUGCAAAGGCACUCGUUGAUGCAGAUGCCGACGUUCACAUGGCGGAUCGCUCGUACCGCGUCUGCUUGCACCUUGCGGCCUUUUCCGGCAAUGGGGCGCUUGUGCGCUGGCUCAUUUCGUAUGAUGCCAACGUGAUGGCUCGGGAUCGUUUUGGCCGGGGUGUGUUGCAUUGGGCCGCGACGGGUGGGUCGCAAGACUGCAUCGUGCUGCUCGUUCAAGAGCAAAAUCUCGACCCCAACCUGCCCGACAAGGCGGGCCACACGGCUUUGCAUCUGGCGGCCCUUGAAGGUCACGAGCUGUCCAUCGAGCUUCUCAUUCAGUUUGGUGCCGUUGCGGACGCCGUUGACAAGAAGGGCAACACUGCUCUGCACGUUGCGGCGUCGCGCGGUAUUUUUGACUGUUGUGCUACCCUUCUCAACUGCCAUGCGAACGUCGACGCUCAAAACGCUGCUGGCAAUACUGCUGUUCAUCUGGCUGUGCUGGGGCAAUCGGUUGGGCAUCUGGAAUGCCUGGAGCUGCUCAUUAGUCGCAACGCCAACGUGAAUCUUCUCAAUAACGCGGGCAAAACGGCCCUCCAUCGCGCGGCUGCACACGGUCGCGUCGAGCAAAUUGGUACGCUCUGCGAGCAACGCGAUUGCCAAGUCAACCUGCUCGCAACUGGAGGCCAUUCGGCCCUCCAUUUUGCCGCGGCCAGUGGCUCGUUGGAUGCUGUUCAAUUGUUGCUGGCGAAUGGCUCUUCUGCACAAGCUGUGGGCGAAAGCGGCAUGCUCCCGAUUCAUUGCAGCGCACUGGCCGGUAGCGAGGCUGUUUGCCGGCAGUUGAUGGAUUUGUGCGACGUGAAGGCUGUCGAUGCCAGGCAGCGCACUUGCUUGCACGCUGCCAGCAAUCGAGGCUCCAAGGAGUGUGUGGAGCUCUUUUUGAAUGCCGGCAUUGAUCCUCGGGCAACUGAUGCCGCUGGCCAGAACGCCAUCCAUCACGCUGCUCAAGGGCACCAUUCGCAGGCCAUCUCUCUCAUUGCGCAGUACAUGCUGCAACGCAUGUCACGAGACUCUGUCGUUGAGCUGGUCAACCAACCCGACAGCCUGGGUCGUCGACCGUUACAUUACUGCGCGAGCGUUGACGAAGAGAAUGCCAGAUGCCUCGAUCUGUUGCUUCGCGAACAAGCCAAUCCUGAUGUUGUAGACAACGCUGGCCGGAAUGUUUUCCACUUUGCAGCAUUGAGUGACAAUGCCGACAUCAUCGACACUCUUGCCCGUGCGUUCUAUGAAAUCAACGUCACGUUUGUUCGCGAUCGCAUCAACCGCGCGGAUCAGCUCGGGUUGACACCCCUUCAUAUUGCUAGCUGCGCUGGAAAGUCUCAGGCAACACACGCGCUUUUAAAGCUUGGUGCUGAUCCAAGCGCCGUGGAUCGGCACGGCUGUGUUCCGCUCUAUUGCGCCUCGUAUUUUGGAUUUGCCCCAGUUGUCAAGCAGCUUUUGUCCCAUGGUGCCGACAACUCUGUACAUGAAAGCCGACACGGACACACUCCCUUGCAUGCUGCAGCAUCGAAGGGACACGCCGAAGCUGUCGAAAAUCUGUUGGAGACCGUCCAUUCCAACGACGUGCGAGACAAUUACGGCAACACUCCACUGCUUCUUGCCAGCGCAAACGGCCACACCGAUGUUGUCCACACGCUUCUCCUUCGCACAACCCACCCUUCUCUUCCAAACAACUUUGGCAUGGGACCGCUCGUCCCCGCUAUCGUUUUCGGGUUUGACCAGAUUGUCGAGCUGCUUAUUGAGCUUGCGGCUCCUCCAGCGACGAUCGACAAGAAUGGACGACAUGUGCUUCACCAUGCAUGCCUGCGAAGCCGAUCGGCUGUUGUUGAGGCCCUUUUGAAACUGCCAGGCAUCGAUAUGACACUACCAGAUCGCAGCGGUCUCACGCCGAUGCACUAUGCCUGCUUGAACCGGGAUGAUUCUGCCAUUGUGCCUCUGCUGAAUGCUGGCGCGUUGCCGACUGUCGCUGCCAAAAUACCCGCGGAUGCAUUUACACCCUUGCAUCUGGCCAUUGCCUUUGGAAACAACCUCGCUGUAGAGGCUCUGCUGGGACAGUCUGACUGCCACUGGCAAUCUGCGACAGACGUGCUACAGCGAACUCCGCUUUUCUACGCUGCACUGACACUCAAUGUGCGAGGCUGUGAGCUGCUGUUGGAGCACGUUGCACCGUCGCAGGAUCAGCCCGAUUCCUCGUGGAACGCGACCGAUUCGUACGGCGCCUCCGCGUUGGUUUUGCUGUUGGCCCUUCAAGUCAGUCAGCGCGAACAAAUGAUUGCCGAGCUCCGCCACAGCGUCAAGCGCACGGGCAAUGUUGGGUUGAUUGCUCGCGUCGACAUGACACAGGUUCCGGCCGAUCUCGACCCUCAUGCUAACGAGGACAAGGAGGUCGAAGAUGAAUCCAUCCUCGAGCUCGCCACGCUGCUUCUUGAUGCCGGGGCUGAUCCAAAUUCCACCAACGCGUCUGGAUGGAGCUGCCUGCACUAUGCUGCUCGCUUUGACCGAGUCGAGCUUGUGCAUCUCUUGUUGGAGCGUGGCGCGUCGCUCACCGCCCGAAAUGCAAGUGGGGAGACGCCGCUCGACAUUGCCGCUGGCCAUCAGUUCGCCGAAUGCGUUACUCUUUUGCAGCUUGCAGCCACUGGAGUUGCGGUUGAUUCUCUACCCCGCAAGGAACCGAAGGAGUCCUCGAACGAUGGCGCUUCUGACGCGGAUGCCGAAGAGGUGUCUUCUGACCCCUCCGACUUGGGCGCAAUCUUAUCAGCCGCCGUUGUCAACCACCAGUCUCGACAAACCGGUAGCACAGGAUCAUCACCUACGAGCUCCGCGGGCGAGCCUCACAAUCGAGCCUCUCGACUGUCGUAUGCUGCCGUUGCUGCAGCAGCAGCAGCUUCUGCCGUUGCUGCGACCACUUCCGGUUCGUCUCCGGCACCAUUGCAAGACGAAGACACGUUUGAAGUGUCUGUGGGUGGCGAGAAUGACGGCGUUGUUGUCGCUCGCUUGGCCAGCUCCGGCCCUGUGGCGGUGGAUGUAUCAGCAAUGAUGGCCGAGUUUGUGCCAAUGCCCGCUCCUCGCGUCAUCUUGCCUGCGAGCCCGCAAGCGCUCGACCCUCUGACUGCCAACCCUCUCGCAUCGCCGCUGGAUGUCUCUCAGCUCGCCACGACCCCAGUUCUCUCGCGCGCCAAAUCCCCAACCCCCGGGCUGGCUCGCGAAGCAAGCAUGCCCGACGCGGUUGAGGACAGGAGCUUGGUUUCAUCGCAGCCGGCUGCAACCACUGCUCCCCCUUCCAGCGUGGGCUCAUCUUCACCUCAGUUUAAACUCCUGCUCGUUCUAUCUGCUGGAUUCGCUGCACUUGCUGCUUUUAUGGCAUGGAAGGUGCGCCGAGUUUAA